UUGCUCUUGCUCUGACGGAGUAGCUCCCUUUUUGUUUGUCGCCUGCUUAUCACAGCAGUGUGACCAUGGAAGGCCAAAGCACCGAUCGCAAUGGGGAGAAACUCUACACAUGUUUGGUUUGUGGACACGUCUUUUGUCACUCAUCUGACCUUUCAAUACACCAGCGUCAUCACACUGUGGAGAAGGUCUGGAAAUGUGCGGAGUGUGGGAAGGGAUUCAAAUAUCCAUCCCUGUUGGAAACUCAUCAGCGCAGUCACACUGGGGAGAGGCCAUUCAUCUGCUCUGAGUGUGGCAAAGGCUUUGCUGCAUCAUCCACUUUGCUGUCACAUCGGCGAGUGCACACUGGGAAGAGGCCGUUCACCUGCUCUGAGUGUGGGAAGGGUUUCACUCAGUCAUCUACCCUGCUGUCGCACCGGCGCGUUCAUACCGGGGAGCGGCCGUUCACCUGCUCUCAUUGCGAAAAGGGAUUCACUCAGUUAGCAAACCUCCUGAAACACCACCGAGUUCACACCGGGGAGAGAUCAUUCACCUGCUCCCUGUGUGGGAACGGGUUCACCCAGUCGUCUGACCUGCUGAAGCACCAGCGGGUUCACACUGGGGAGAGACCAUUCAGUUGUACCCAGUGUGGGAAGGGGUUCACUCAGUCAUCCCACCUGCUGAAACAUCAGCGAGUUCACAAGUCAUCACAGUCAGGGGUUUCUGCUAUUUUAGCAUACCCAGGAAUGAACCACAGACAUUUGGAUCUCUUUCUGAGGAUGAUAUUUAAUCAUACUGUGGAUGCACUUCAAAUAUAA